AUGUCCUUUGGUUAUCUCGACCUCGAUGGCACGCCGCUUCGCGGCCGCCUUCUCGGCGUUGGGGGUUCGGGUGUGGUCGUCGAACGCGAUGGGACUGCGUUCAAGCUGCCGCGCAGGAGGAGUGGCGAUAGUCAAGAGCAGAUCGCGCGAAAUCACCGAUUCAUUGAACACGAAAAAGAGGUUCACCGACGCCUGCAGGGCUGCUACGGCGUAGUCCGCUGCCUCAGCCUGGCCAGCCCCGGCAUGAUCCAAAUGGAAGUAAUGAGAAAAGGAAAUCUAUAUGCCUACCUUCGUCACGCUCGCAUGACACGAAACUAUCCGUCUCGAGACGUUCAACUGUCAUGGUUCCGGGAUUUGGCGCGGGCCCUCGUGGGCAUCCACGACCGGCGCGUCAUGUUCGUCAGCUUUUUCACUCGAAACCUUCUCCUCUCGAUGGACCUAACGAUCAAGUUUAGCGACUUUGGUCGCUCCAUCCUCCUGCCUCCGGAGAUCGACAUGCGUACGACGGAACGAUACGGGUAUUCGAUCUCGAUGGACAUUGGACAGUUUGGGAUGAUUCUAUACCAGGUUAUCACUGGCGGGCAGUAUUGCGACUUUGGCUUCGUCUUUGCAGAUGACCAUCCGGGACCAGAGGAGCCUGUCUGGCCGGCGAGAGCAGCGCUCCCUGAGACGUAUGAUCUCUGGCUUGGCCCGCUGAUCGACAAAUGCUGGACACAAGGAGCGUUUGAGGAUGCGCGGAGCCUGUUGGCAGAGCUGGAGUCGGUGACUAUCACAAUCUCACACAGCCAUCUAUCAACAAAUGCACACCCUCGAGACCACAACCGGCCGCGGCUGAACAUUCGCCGCCGCAUCCCAGCGAUACCGAUUCCCGAACUCCUUACACUCCUCCUGCAAGGCAUCCAGAUCCUCGCAGCGCACAAUCCCACUCUGCACGAGCCGCAGCAGGACAGCAAACAUCCACACGCGACACGUCACGCCGGGGAUGGAAUUGACUGCGUCGUCGUACGAUCGCAUAAUCCUAUCCAGUUCGUCUAUUUUCGUCUCAGGGAUCCCGUCGGUGAUCCGGAUCAGCACGCAGAGGAAGUUGGACUUGAGCACCGCCGUCGUGCGGCCGUGGUCCGCCAGGUACCACUGACGUUGUUGACUUGGUACUGUAUACCACCCUGGGCUGCGCUCUUGUGGAGGUAG